AUGACUACUCUAGCCAUCGGAAGCAACGACAACAAGUGCAGUAUAUGGGACAUCUCCAACUUGGCACUGCCAGUACACCAGUUCACCUUGAACCAUUUUGCAGCCGUGAAAGCUUUGGCGUUCUGUCCUUGGUCCCACGCGCUUCUAGCGACCGGUGGUUGCCGCAAGGAUCGCACUAUACGUUUUUGGCAUACUAAAAGUGGCACUUUGGUGCGGCAAGUACACACCGAUUAUCAAAUCACUUCACUAAUUUGGUGUCGCAGCCGCCGCGAAUUUGCAGCCAUUUUCGGCGCCGGUGGCACCAGGUCCAACACCGAUAUUCUCCGCAUAUACACCUACCCGGGACUCAAUUGCAAGGGCCAGGCCUCAGCAAAGACCAAUCUUCGCUCUGUAAGUUCCGCAGUUUCUCCCGAUGGAAAUUCAGUGUGUGCCGCUUUUAGCGACUCUACCAUCCGAGGCUAUAAUCUCUGGAAUCCGACCGAAAAGGAACUUGGAGAAGCUGGGGAAUACGGAAGCAGCAUCUUGAAUGCGGUGGAGAAUACUUGGGGGAUUAAUCCUGGAAUUCGAUAA